AUGAGCAUCAUCCUACGAUGCACUCUUCCUCUGCUCAUCACAUUUUUCUUCGUCUCUUCGGUGACGGCAGCAGUGAAUCUACGCGAUAGAGUGGUGGCUGCGGUGAAUUGUGGAGGAGGCGAGGCAUUAGGAGCAUACGGUAUCGAGUAUUCUGCAGAUUACUCGGAUGAGGGUAUGACAUCAGAUGCUGGAGUUCAAUUCGCAUUUAACAACGCAGAAACCGACGACUUGGAAAUUUAUCAGACAGAACGAUGGAGCAAAGAAUCUUUCGAUUACGAAGUUCCAGUCGGAGAUGGAGAGUACGUCAUCAUUUUGAAGUUCUCAGAAGUUUACUUUUCAAAACCCGGAGAAAAAGUGUUCAACGUCAGGAUCAAUUCGCAUACAGCAGUGAAAAAUCUCGACAUUUUCGAUGCUGCUGGCGGUCGUGGCUUUGCCCAUGAAAUUUACAUUCCUGUUGUUAUCAAAGGAAAAACGAUCACGGUGCAAGGACAUUCCAGAGAUUACAGAGGAAAAAUUAUCAUUGAAUUUGCCAAAGGUCCACAUGACAAUCCGAAAGUUAAUGGGUUUGUGAUUGUUCGCGGUACAGUCGAAGAUUUGCCACCACCACCGGAGAGAAAUAUUCCAGAAGACGCAUUCCCAGAAGACUUUGAAAUUGAUGAAACCGACUCCAACAACGACCCACAUGAAGAAUCAUUUAAUCCGAAAAUCAUCCGAGGUGAUGACAUGGAAGAAGAGGAAGAAGAGAUGUUCAGUGCCACAACAGGGUCUGAAAAUCCCUUCGAGAAGAAGGAAUCCAUUACCUGGCUGCUUCCGUUCGCUGCUGCCUUUAUCAUCCUCAUGCCCAUCGCCUAUGUAAUUGCACUCAGAUUCGAGAAAAAGCAAAAGUGA